AUGAUUUUAAUAGGCUUCUUGCUACCUGGUAGAAUUAGAAGUAAGGUCUUUAAUAAGGAUUUUUUAUAAGCACAUUUUGGAGAGGAGCAUAGACAAUCUUUAGGAACUGAAAUUGACAAAACUUUUGGUUAUCCUGAUAUGGGACAUGGUAGAUAUUCAGACAAACUUUCAUAUAAAGACUGGGUUUAUUUUGGUAAAGCAUAAAGAGCUCACUACAAUUUCUUAGAAGCGUGGGGUCCUCAAACUCUUUUCAUAAUUAUUGGUGCCUUAAAAUAUCCACUUUUUUCAGCAAUUUUAGGUUUUGUUGCCAUUCUAGGUAGAUUACUAUACAGCGUUGGUUAUAUGCUUUAAGCAGGAAGUUCAAAUCCUAUUAGAAGUAUCGGAGCUGUUACUGGUGAUAUUGUUUUACUUAUUAGUUUCAUACUCUCAUGUAUUGCUUGUAUUUCUGCUUAUUCAAAUUGA